CAUGGCGUCUUGCACUGCAGCCAAAAGACGAGCAUCGCGGAAAAAAGCGGCAGAUAAUGUCGUGCAAACAGCUCCAAUAUGUAAACUUCCUGCCAAUAUUAUGUUGCAUGUGUUUAAAUUUCUUGAUAUGAAAACUCUGUGUUCGUCAUCCACUGUUUGUCGCCUGUGGUAUCAUCUUGUUUGUGAUCGAACCUUGUGGAAGAUAGUCGAUCUUCGUUCAUGGCCGCUUUCUUUGAGGACUUUGUGGAAAAUCGUCAGAAAUCGGUUGUCAGAUUCGGUCGUGGAGCUUCUGAUAAAAGGAUUCAUCGGAACGACGAAAAAGAAUGAAAACAUUUCGCCUUCUUUGCUUGAGGAAAUCAAGACAAAAUGUCCAAGUCUAGAGACUCUAGGGUUAUGUUAUUGUGAUAUGAGGAACGUCCCCGCUCAGUGUUUACCAAGGAAUCUAAAAAGUCUUCUUCUGGACCAUUCCAUUGUACCUCUUGGAUGGUUCGAGGGAUUAAAAUGUGAGCAGUUUUUCCCAAAUCUCUUAGAACUAAACUUAACCUAUUGUACUAGAGUUGAGAACUCUGAUCUCCAAAGUAUAAAGAAGUUGAAAACAUUAGAACGUUUGAAUCUCAGUUACUGUUAUCGUGUUGGAGAUGAAGGUGUACAACACAUUGCUAGAAAUCUAACCAAACUUACAGAACUUGAUCUGUCAAAUUGUCCUAAGGUGACAGACUUAGGACUGCAUCACAUUGGGCGUCAUUUGACAAUAUUAAAGAACUUGAAUUUGUUGUCUGAUUGGAGGAUCACAGAUGCGGGAAUUCUUUCUCUUGUGCACAGUCUUGUGAAUUUGGAAUAUUUGAACCUGUCAUCCUGCAAGGAAAUAACAAGUGUAGGUCUUUUUGAAAUUACUGACAAGUGUAAAAAGCUGAGGGUUUUGGAUUUGACAGGCUGUUGUGAUAUUUUGGAAAAGGAUUUGAAUGAUGCACGAAUUAUUUUAUCAGACUGCAACAUACAUUGGACUUGAAAGGUUGGUUGUGAAUUAAUCCUGCAAAUAUAACUGCGCAGCAUUUCCUCUGCUGAUUUUACCAAGUGGUUGUAUUCACAGGAUGGAAAGUUUGUACAUUUAAAUUAUAUGAAGCAAAUAUGUAAAUAGAGAAUAACAAAACUAUGAAUUAAUGACCAUGAGCCUGUCCACUCCCAUUAUUCAUAAUUUUCCUUACUUUCUGCCAUACAAUUCUUUUGAUGUUAGUUUGGAGAAUUUGGUAUUGGAUCAACAAAUAA